AUGACAACCCAGCAGCCCACUGGGGUGUCCAGUGUUAUCGCUACUGAACCUGUUGCUCAACAGAUGGUGACCAUGUUUGACAAGGUCCUCUCUUUACUGAGUGGGUGUAACCUCUCAGAGAGAAGCUGUGAAGCUCUGUCUUCGUUGCUCAGCUCAACAACAUCUAGUCUCAGAGAUCUGGACCUGAGUAACAACGACCUGAAAGAUUCAGGAGUGAAGCUGCUGUGCAGUGGACUGAUGAGUCCAAACUGUAAACUGGAGAUUCUCAGGCUUUCAGGCUGCCUGAUCACAGAGGAAGGCUGUGCUGCUCUUGCCUCAGCUCUGACUGUGAAGCCACAUCACCUAAAGGAGUUGGACCUCAGCUACAAUAAUCCAGGAGAGGCAGGAAUGGAGAGACUGGCAGCUAUGCUUAAGAAUUCAGGAAUCCAGAUUAAAACGGACUCUCUCAGCAUGGAUUCUGCAGCAGAGAAAUGGCUGACACCAGGUCUGAGGAAGUAUUCCUGUCCACUAACAGUCGACCUAAACACUGUGAACAGAUUGCUCAAACUGUCUGACGGAAACAGGAAAGUGACACUUGUGGGAGAGGAGCAGCCGUAUCCUGAUCAUCCAGACAGAUUUGAUCUCUGUCAGCUGCUGUGUACUGAUGGUCUGACUGGUCGCUGUUACUGGGAGGUUGAGUGGAGUGGGAAAGUCUAUGCAUCGCUGAGUUACAGAGGAAUCAACAGAAAAGGAGACAAUGACGAUUCCUGGUUUGGAUUGAAUGAUCAGUCCUGGAGUCUAAUUUGCUCAGAUGAUGGUUACACUGUUUGGCAUAAUCAUAGAAAAGCCUUCAUCCCUCUCUCUUCUGUCUCUGGCCGAGUGGCUGUGUAUGUGGACUGUCCUGCUGGGACUCUGUCCUUCUACCGAGUCUCUUCAGAGACACUGAUCCACCUCUACACCUUCAACACCAAUUUCACUGAAACUCUUUAUCCUGGAUUUGGAUUUGAGUACAGGACAGGUUCUUGGGUGUCCAUAUUGCAAAAAGACAAGAUAUUGCCAAGUACUUUGGUCUAAGAAGA